AUGGCGUCCUACACCUCAAACAUCCCUCUACUCUGCAGCAUUUGCCCCAGGCAGCCCAAGUUUUCCGACGUUUCUCACCUGCUCACGCACAUUGCGAGCAAGGGCCAUCUGGCUCACUAUUACAAGCUGCAGAUCAGGGCCGCCAGCGAGGCCGAUGCCCGCGAGGAGAUCGACUCCUACAACACCUGGUACACUGAGUGGGGCAUUGAGCAUCUCAUGUCGGACAGAAUGAAUCUUAAGGACAAGCGGCGGACCCGGACGAGAGCCUCCAACGCUCGCGCGCGCCAGACCCCAAACCCUGCCAACGACUCCCUCCGCCGCAAGGCUGCGAACGCCUAUGCCCUCGACCCUCGUCUUGCCGACCAGCUCGUCAAGGACGAGCCCAGCCCGUCGCAGUCACCCAAGUUCCCCGAUCGGCUUUACCCUCCGCCGGCAUUUGCGCCGAAGCAGCACGCCUGGCCCAGCCCGUUCAGCCAUUCCACCGUCUCGUCCAGCAAUCCCGGUCUAAUGGAAGGCUCCGACAUCUUCACCGAGAAGUCGGAACCCUGCUCGCGCGCCGUCACGCCACCCGUGACAGCCCCAUCAACGGCCCCUAGCUUCCACGCCGACAAGGACGAUGACGAGGUUGUCGACACCACCAUUGUCAGCGAAGCUUCGAGGCUGAAGGGCAUCUACUGGCCAGGAAUGGACAUCUUCGACUCUGCCACUCCGGAGAUGAAACGUAAGAGAAACCAGAAGAAGGAUGUGUCUGUUGUCGAACAGCUUGAGUACAACAGCCGCGAGGUUGAGGCGACGGAGCAUAUAUGGACGCCUUGUGGCACGUUACGCAAGGAAAGGCCCAUAUCCGGCUCGGUGACGGACAGCUCUCCGGUGAAGUUCGACGGCUCUCCUUCCAUUGAUUACCAGGUUCGCCCACCUCUGUUGGAGCUGGUGCCCAACAUCCGUGAAUCCUCUCGUCAGCAGUCCCGCGCCAGCACACGCACUCGCCGCAGGUCCCCAAGGAAGCGCAACGACAACGACCUGAUCUUGGAGGACGAGCUCGACCUACAGCGCGCCAUGGGACAAGAUCCAGACUUGGAGGAGCAGUUCACCGGGGCUUUUCGCAAACGGCGCAGGCCCGCUUUCGAUGUGUUUAAGCAAGAUGAUGACGAGCCUUUUGGCCGCUCGACCAACAUGGCCAUGCUGACCUCCGAGUUCAAUCAUCCGUCCCAGCAAGAGGAACUACCGUCGCCGUCUCGACCCUCACAGCAGCGGCUCGACGAGAUCCAGCAGCAGCCAGAACAGCUGCAACCACAGAUGGACCGGGUUCACCAACAGACUGGUCAGUCUCAGCACCACCUCGGGCAGACUCUGCUGCAGCAGGAAUGCUACCAGGGCUUGGACUUCAACCCAUACAACCAUGGCGUCAACGCCAUCUACCCUGCCUACGACAACAUCUCUACGCCUCUAGCCUUCCAGCAGCAGACGCCGACCUUUUUUGAGAGUGGGGUCGCGCUCAUGGGUCAGCCUUUCCAGGCCUUUCAACCACAGACAGAGCUGAAUGGACUUCUUGGCCCCGGCUUCCCGAAUACGAAUUAUUGGGUCAACAAUAGCGCCUUUCUUGCCUCGGGUAUGGCCGGCUUGGAGGAUGCAGGUCCCAAGGCCCAGCCUAAGGCGGAAGACGGACACGCCUUCUCUGUUCCCACGACACCCAAGGAUUGA